CGUGGAUCCGCAUUGCUGCUGAGCUGAUACAGCAAAGCGUGAGCGAGUGCCUUCGUGUUGCACUCAUCCAUCCCUUGGAAAAUGAACUUAAAAAUGGAUUCUCUCUCCAAAUCAAACCAGACUAACUCCUUUUCCUCUAUCGGAAUAUUUGAACCCUAGUAUACCACAUUACCACCUCUUUCAUUUUACUUUACUUUUCUCUGCUAUCUCUGUCUCUGUCUCUCUCCAUUAUAAUCCCUUCGACCCUGCCUUGAUGUCUCCAUCGCCCGAUCCAAAGUCUAACAUCUCCUUUCCUGGAACUUUAGCUAGCAGUGCUUUUGCUGCUUGCUUUGCUGAGAUUUGUACAAUCCCCUUAGACACUGCCAAAGUCAGGCUACAGCUUCAGAAAAAAGUGGUUGGAGAUGCAAUACCACAAUAUCGAGGUAUGUUAGGUACAGUGGCCACCAUUGGCAGAGAAGAAGGGAUAGCAUCACUCUGGAAAGGAAUUGUUCCAGGAUUGCAUCGUCAAUGCUUGUUUGGUGGUCUACGAAUAGGGUUGUAUGAACCUGUUAAGACAUUCUAUGUGGGUAAAGACCAUGUUGGUGACGUUCCCUUGUCCAAGAAAAUACUUGCUGCACUUACAACUGGCGCCGUUGGAAUCGCAAUUGCUAAUCCAACUGAUCUUGUAAAAGUUCGGCUUCAAGCUGAGGGGAAAUUGCCUGCUGGUGUGCCUAGGCGCUAUUCUGGAGCAUUAAAUGCCUAUUCAACUAUAGUCAAGCAGGAAGGACUUAAGGCCUUAUGGACUGGCCUUGGGCCAAACGUAGCACGCAAUGCUAUUAUAAAUGCUGCUGAACUGGCUAGUUAUGAUCAAGUGAAGCAGUCCAUUUUAAGGAUACCUGGAUUCACAGACAAUGUUGUCACCCAUAUGUUAGCUGGUCUUGGAGCGGGAUUCUUUGCUGUCUGCAUUGGCUCACCUGUUGAUGUGGUUAAAUCCAGAAUGAUGGGAGAUUCUACAUACAAGAGUACGCUGGAUUGUUUUAUCAAGACCUUAAAGAAUGAUGGUCCUCUUGCAUUUUACAAGGGAUUUAUCCCAAAUUUUGGACGUCUUGGGUCAUGGAAUGUCAUUAUGUUCUUGACUUUGGAACAGGCAAAGAAGGUUGUGCGAAAUUUGGAGUCAUCUUGAGUUAAGGAUUUUGAUAACAUUCUCACUUGCAAUCUCCUGAAAACUUAUUAAAGAGAAAUAAGGCCUUGCUGUCUCAGUCUGAAAGAUGACUUAACUGCAAUAUAUCACAUGGCAUACAUCUGAAGGCUGAAGUAGUAAUGAACUAUACGCAGAUGAAGAGCUUAUAAAUUGUAAAGACAGUCACAAGUAGGAUCUUAUUACUUCAUAAUGUUUCUUCUUCAUCUUGCCUAGCUACUGAAUCCAUUAUUUUGAGUUCUAGCAAAUCACUUUUGCUUCAUAUUAUAACUAUGUAAACAAUAUUGAUAUUUCUGUAAACUGGGUUAGUUGGUGUACCCCAUAUUAUGGAUAUUUGAUCUUGGGCAAACCAAGUGAAAUUACCCAUAAUCGUUCGAUUAUAAUUGAAAAUGUACCUGUCGCCAUUGCUGCAAAGCAGGAUUUGGUUUGGAAA